GUGGCGCCGUGGUAGCGGAUCCUGUUCCUCUACUUCCGGUUUCUGCACUGUGCAACUAUUUCAGUUAUAUUUUUAAUUAACGAUGCCAAGUACUUGUUGUUGUGUACCUGGAUGUCAUUUAAGAGGAGGACAUGCAUUUCCAAAUGACUUAAAAAGAAGGAAAAGUUGGAUCAACGCCAUGGCCCAUACGCAGAUUGGACGAGAACACGAUGAUAUCGUGGAGUCCAUCUCAAUCAGCUGUUGUUUGCAAGGCACGUUUUACUGAAAAAGACUACGUGCAGGAAACUAUUCAUGGGCGCAAACCCACCAUACAGAGACUUAAGUCUACUGCAAUUCCCAGCCUAUUUUCCUGGACCAAGCAAGAGACUGAAUCGUCCACAAAAAGAAAAAUCAGGGCAGUUUCCUGUGAAAACAAAAGAACUAAACUUGAUGAAUAUUGUAGUAGAAAUCUAGAGGAAAGUUUUGAUUGUAAAGUUGGUUUUCCUGAAGAAGUCAUUCAUACUGCAGAAAGGAUUUAUGACUGUCCACCACCAACUGCCGAGCUAAUGUUGAGCUUCACAGAUGGAAUUACGCAAACACCAUCAAUGCCUAUGUUUUCAGCAGAGAAUUUUGAAAUGAAGACACGUGACACAGCCAUGCAUUUUUAUACCGGUUUAGAGUUGUAUACUAAAUUUUUAUUUGUUUUAACCACACUUGGUCCAGCAGCACAUUGUUUGAGAUACAUAUAUUUUCAAAUUGAUAGGGUGUCAGUUGAAAAUCAGUUUUUUUAUGACUUUGAUGAAAUUGAGGCAUCAUACAACCAACUUUGAACUGUCUAGAUUCUAGAUUGAAUCUAGUGUUAAGAAUAUUGUGUAUACAUGGAUUGUUUUUAUGUCUAAACAGUGGUGUGAGGCUAACACUUGGCCAUCUAGUGGUUUAGUCAGGUAUUUUUCACCAUCCAACUUCAAAUUAAAGUUUCCUACGACUUGGAUUAUUAUUGACAGCCCAGAAUAUCCCGUGAUAAAACCUAAAGCUCCUAGAGCUCAGGCAACCUUUUCAUCAAAUAAAAACAGAAACACUGAAAAUUCUUGAAUGUUCGACACCUGGUGGUUUAGUCAACUAUGUCUCUAUGUCACAUAGAGCGAAUUAUUAGACUUGGCAAAACAUACAAAAUUCUAAUAAAUCCUAUGAAUGGAACUGAAACAAAACUUUCAUCUGAAAUAACAUUUAGUUGUUUUAUGUUGUGUAAUUUUAGAACUUGUAUUGUGCCAAAGGAUGCAUAAAUAAAAGUGACGCAAUGAA